GUUAAAGACGACGACGACGACAACGUCGCGAUGGCGACUGGCGAACCGCCAUCUCCCCCUUCCGGCUUUGCACCAAUUCGUAAAUCGGCCACAACCUCAGCUAUGGACGAGUCCGCACGGCGGCCCUCUCCACGUCUGCGCCCGUCGUUGUCUAGCCAGGCCGAGUCGCCUUCCCCGGUGGGUCUGAGAAAGAGAAGCUCAAACUUCUCCGACUACUCUCUCAGCGAAGCCAGAAAGACAUUCCAAUCAUCAACGGAUGACCUAUUACUCCCCAAACCAAACGCGAUGGGUUCAGAAAGUAGCCCGGAUUCUUCGCCAUGGCAUUCAGCGCCUCUUGCGUUUGCCCUGUUGCCGGCCAUUGGAGGGAUGCUAUUUACCCAUGGAAGCUUUGUCAUGACAGACAUCAUGCUCCUAGGACUGGCUGCCAUUUUCUUGAACUGGUCCGUCCGGUUGCCAUGGUAUGUAGGAUUCUGGCAUCUUCAUGUCGCACGAGUGCUAACAGCUCAUGCCACCAGGGACUGGUAUCACUCUGCUCAAUUGAUUCGACUCAAGGAGGAAGAGGCUGGGGGCAUAUAUAGUGAUGAUAGCGACGACGAAAACUCCUUGAGUUUUUCACAAACAACAUUGGAAGAGGUCCCAGAGGAAGAGGUCGCCGAGUCUCCAUCGCCGAGUUCGAAGGCCACUCGCCCUUCUCGUGCUCGGGAUACAGCAACCAAAGAACUAUAUACUCACGAGGUCUUAGCUCUGCUCUCGUGCUUCAUAUUUCCACUACUUGGUGCAUAUCUACUUCACACAAUUCGAUCACGGUUAAGUCGACCGUCGGAGGGACUGGUUUCCAAUUACAAUUUGACUAUCUUCCUACUUGCUUCGGAGCUACGACCCAUGGCGCAUCUGACCAAAUUGAUUCAAUCUAGAACGCUACAUCUUCAACGAGUUGUGGCGGAAAAUCCCUACACUGGUGCAAAUAGCAGCGGAAAUGAAUCAGAAAAAUCAAAGGAGCUGUUCGCAAGAAUUGAAGCUUUGGAGGUUCGCAGUUUGGCGACUAAUAACCCGUCGCCAAAUGUGGAACUUACAUUGACGGGCAAGCAAUCAGCUCAAAUGACAAUGGAAGUGCGCAAGGCACUACAGCCGGAACUUGAUGCGCUCAAUCGAGCGGUGCGCCGUUAUGAGAAGCGUGCUACACUUCAAACGUUUCAAACGGAAUCUCGAUUGCAGGACCUCGAGUCAAGACUCAACGAUGCCAUCUCACUGGCUGCUGCGGCAGCAAAUAGUGGUCAAAGACAUCGCACCUUUACCGGCCUUUUGGUAGAGUGGGGAGCAACAGCAGUGGUUCUUCCACUUCAAGCUUUUGCUGCCAUUGCCGGCCUUCCUUUCAAAACUAUGGCUGCGUUGAUAAAUUACGGCAAGAACAGGAUUUUCGGUCAAGUACCAGAAAAACCUCGAAGAGCGACAAAUGGCAAGUACGCCGCUUACGCAAAGGCAUCAGGUGAACCCAGGUCCAGCAACCGCCUAUUGAAAAGGUGA